CGACAACACAUACGCAGAUACACAGCUACAUACAUACCCUAAAAGAUGAAGUUCACUCUCACCCAAUUCUUCAAGUCUCAAUUCACCGCCCUUCCGGAGAGCUCGACCUUUCUCCCCGACCUCUCCGGUCGGGUCGUGAUCGUCACCGGCUCAAACGUCGGCUUGGGCUUCGAAUGCGCCAAAGCCCUCUCGCAUCGCAACCCAUCCCGGCUCAUCCUCGCCGUCCGAAACGUAGAAGCUGGAGAGGCUGCCGCGAGGGAGAUCGUCAAGGCGAACCCUCCUGGUGCGGGGGUCAAGACAAUCCCGGAGGUCUGGAAGUUGGAUUUGGGGGACUUGGCUAGUGUCAAGGCGUUUGGGGAGAGGGCGGAGAAGGAGUUGGACAGGUUGGACAUUGUCGUCUCGAACGCGGGGAUCAGCACGGACGUAUUCAAGCUUACCGUCGAUGAUUUCGAAUCGACGUACCAAGUGAACAACAUCUCCAACUCCCUCCUCUCCGUCCUCCUCCUCCCUCUCCUCCUCCGGACCGCGGACAAACCCGUUCCAGGAUCCCAAUCGAACUUCAAACCUCACCUCGCCGUGGUAGCCUCGGAGAUGCAUCACCAUAUCAGCGGGAAACUGCCAGGGUACAAGGAAGAUGCCAGCGAGGUGGGACGGCAUUUCACGGAGAAGGAGCGUUUCAGGAGUUUCGAGAGGUAUCCGGAGUCGAAAGCGAUCAACGUCCUCAACGUCCAGACGCUCGCCAAAUUAGCUGGGGAUAAAGUCAUCGUCAAUUCUAUCAACCCCGGGUUCUGUCAUUCGGAACUAACGAGGAAUUCCACUGGUAUCAUCGUCUAUGUCAUUGCGUUUAUGAAAGCGUUGAUCGCCCGGACUACCGAGGCUGGGUCGAGGAACUUGUCUUGGGCCGCGACGCAGGAUAUGCCUUCGGGUAGUUAUGUGGAGGAUUGUCACGUGUCCGAACCCUCUGAUCUCCUCCUCAGCCCCGAAGGCCAAGCCGCCGGUCAAAAGAUCUGGGACGAGAUGAAGUCGAUCUGGGCUUCUAGGCUCGGGGUCAAGGUUGACGGGGUCUUCUGAUCUUCUCCGAGGGGUUUCUUGAUGUUUCGCUGGAGUCUGGAUUGAUUUAUAGAGAAUGAUGGUUUCAGAAGUGCUGUUCUUGUCUCCAGCGCUGUUUUUUUAGCCCGUUUACCUCGUGUAUAUGGGAUUGAUCGUAUUUUAUACCAUUCUGCUGUCUUUGAUUCUUCGCGAUGAGCGCGAUUGUCCUUUUGUACCACUCGCCGAUUUGAUCAGGGGCAGGAUAGUCCUCAAUGCUACGCAA